AUGAUGAAUUAAUUAAGAAAAGCAAAAUUUAGCACCAUCACAUAAUAUUAAAUAAGGUAUGUUUAGUUAAUGAAAAAUUAGUUAGAGGUGUAUUUAAAUAGUAAUUAAAGGAAGGAGAGAUUUAUAGCAACUUUAAAGUUGAUGAAUUUUACAGAUCAAGAGAUUUUUAGACAUUGUGUUAUAAUAUGCAUCAUAUAGAAACAAAUACGAAUUAUAUUCACUUUGCUACAAACUCAGUGAUAAAUUAGGGUGCUUUGAUAUUUAAAACACCUGCUAUUGAUAAUAGUGGAAUUCCUCAUAUUGUAUAAUAAAUCUUAACAUGUGGUUCAUAAAAAUACCCAGUGAGAGAUGCUUGGUCUCAUAUGAGAGGACGAUCUCUAUAACCUUCAGAUUUAGUACCUUAUGUUGGGACUGAUCAUACUACAUUUUAAGUUUAAUCUGCUUUAUUUGAAGAUUUGAAAUAACUUUUUAAUUUAACAUUUGAAUAAGUUUUUAGACCAAUGUUCAGAGAAGUUGAUUUCCUAUAAUAAAUAAGGGUAUAAGUGCUUGGAGGCAAUGAACUUAUUCUUAGAGGAAUUGUUUAUGAUUAAAUGAUUAAAUAAUUUGAAUAACCUGAAUUUAUUCAUGCAGAAGCAGUUAGAAAACAUCUUUUAAAUGGCACUGUUUAUUAAUAUACAACAGGAGGAAUUCCUAAAGAAAUGACUAAUGCCACAUAUGAAAUAUGCUAAUAAUAUUAUAAGGAUUAUAUUCAUUUAUCUAAUGCUUAUAUUGUCACUGUUGGAGAUAUUGAUGUUUUACAAUAUUGUUAAUAUUUUGAUUAAUUAAUUAAAUCACAUUAAAAUUCUAUUAUUCCAAUUAAAUAAUUAGAUUUUCAACCUGUUAAAUUAUUUGAACCAAGAUUAUUAUUAAGAGGAUAACCUUCAUUUUCAUUUGCUUAUAGAACUGCUAAUUUAACUGAAACACCUGAAGAUUAUUUUAAAUUAGGUAUUCUAUCUUUUCUCUUACAUGAUAUUUAAGAUUAUGGAUUGAGACCUAUUCUUGAAAAAUAUGGUUAAUAUUGUCUAAAUUAUGGAGCUGAUAUGACAUUACAUAAUUAAAUUAUAUAAUUUGGAUUUAAUAAUAAGGAAUCUGAAUAAGAAUUGUAUAAUUUCAUUAAAUAACUUACUGAUAAUAUUUAUUAAGUAAUUCCUUAAAAUAUCAUCAAUAUUGCAUUAGACAGAAUCAGAUUGAGAAGAUCAAUCAAUAUUUAAGAUUUAAUUCCAUAUAUUAUUAAUAAAGUCAAACCAUCUAUUUAUCUAAAUUAAGAAUGUAAAAGUGAAGAUUUUUAGAGUUUGAUUUAAAAAUAUUUUUCUCAAGACAAAUGCACUAUAAAUAUGGAACCUGAUCAAUAUUAUAUAGAAGAUAUGAAUUUAGAAAUUAAACAACAUUUAAAGUAAUUGUAAGUGAACUAUCAAAAAUUAUCUGAAUAAUAAAAAAUUAUUGAAGAAGACACAGAUGUUUUGAGUUUAGAAUCAUUACCUUAAUUAAAUGCUGCUAAUAUUAUACCAUUAUUAAAAUAAAAAAAUUUAAUAACUUUAGAUCUUAAUUGUAAUUUAUCAUAUCAUUAUUGUAGUUAAUGUUCCUUGUAGUAUUUUUGCAGCUAAACAUCCUCAAUAAAGUAAUAUUAAAUGGAUUAUUGAUGUAAGUUAAUUCAGUCAAAAAGAUUAUGAAACUAUUUGCAUUUUAAAAGAUUUAUUACCAGAAUUUUUCAAUAAGUAAGUCAGUUAACAUGAUGUUGAAUGUUUUGUAAUUGAAGAUAAAUUUAUAAUAGAGUUAAUUUGUUUAGACAAGAAUAUAUAAGAAGCCUUUUAAUAAUUCUAAUUAGUAACUGACCCAGCAUUAGAUAAUCUAGAAUUGAUAAGCUAAUCCUUAUCUAUUAUAAGUGCUAAUUAUUUAAGUAAUGAAGACAUAACUCAAAUUGCCAUAUCCUAUUCUUAAUAAGAGAAAUAUCCAAUCAUUUAAUAAGCAAGGAAAAUUUGUUAGUUGGAAGUUGAAAUCUUAAAAAAUUAUAGUGCAAAAUAAAUCUUGGAAUAACUGAGUCAAAAAUUAAUUGCUUGUUUCUAUAAAAUUAUGAAUAAAAAUAUUUAAUCUUUUGAGAUAUACUCAAAUCCACUUUUAAAAGAUAAACUAUAAUCUUAAUUAAAUUUACUUUUGACAAAUAUCAAAUUAUAAUUUGAUGGUAUAUUCUUCAAAUUUAUUUUUAGAUUAUUUAAUGAAUAAAAUAGAAUUUGAAUAAAAAUAUGAGAUAAUCCCAUUUAAAUAAGAAUUUCAAUACCUUAAAUUAUAUGUGGCUUUAAAUACACAUACAAAUUGUGUUACAGAAACAAUCCAAAUAGCCCAUAAACCAGCUAAUUAUGUAUUAUCUAAUCUUUUAACGCAUAUUUUUAUUCCCUAAUAUUGUAAUGAUUCUUAAUUAGGUUAUUGUCAAUAUAAUCCAGGUAAAUUAACUUUUUACACUAUCAAUGAUAUUCAUACACUUAAAACUUAUAGAAUUUUUGAAAACUCAGUCCAUUUAUUGUUAGAAUGUUUAGAUUAAGAUAAUUUGAAUUCUGCAAAAUUAGGUAGCUUUAAUAUUGAUGAUCCUGAAAAAAUGUAAUAGAUUUUAGCAGUUUCUGAAGAGGAAGUUAAAGAGUAAGCUUAAUAUGUGUUAAAUUAAAUGGCUGAAGGUUAAACAUCAUAAGUAAUAUUUGGAAAAUAGGUAUAACAAUUAGAUGAAUAUGUAAAAAGAGGUUGGACAAUAGAAAGAUAUAUAAAUGAAGUUGCAGUAUGA